AUGGCGCCAAUUCACAUCGGUAUUUUGGUCUAUGACUACCAGGCUAUUGACGUUGUCGGCCCAAUUGAUCUCCUUCAAUCCGCCAAUUCCGGGUUCUUAGAAGUAUCCAAAAUGUUUGGCCCCAUCGAUGACGAUGUGAUCUCUCGGGCCCCAGACUUCGUUUUCCAUCACGUUGGAAUCACGAAAGAGCCCUUCCACCUAUUCACCAGUGCCAUUAACCUCACCCCGACUACAACGGUGGACGAGUGUCCCGAGCUCGAUAUCAUCUUGCUAGGGGGCCCGAAUCCUAACGGCUUCAAGCUGCACCCGAAAUACACCGAUCUCAUCCGUCGACACAUCGGUGCUGGGAAGUUGCUUUUUACGACUUGUACUGGCUCAGCUGUACUUGCGUCUACGGGGCUCCUAGAUGGGAAGAAUGCAACUAUCAACCACUCGGGGUAUAAAUGGGCGAAAGAUAAUUAUCCUGCUGUCAACUGGACUAAGGAGGGGAAAUGGGUCGUCGACGGGAAUAUAUGGACUGGAGCUGGUGCUGUUGCGGGUAUGGAUAUGGUUGCAUGUUGGCUUAAGGAGCAGUUCGGAUUGGCGGUUCUUAUAUACGCUGCCCGGAAUCUGGACUACGAGCCUCGAGGCAUCGAUGGUGUCUCGCUUGUAAUUCCGAGGAGAUACGACAACAACGGAAAGCAGAUCAGCACCCAUGAAUUUUUCUAUUAUUAG